AUGCAGCAUCUUACUGUCAGUGCAGACACAAACGGAGGAGCGGCGGGCAGCGAGCCUGCGGUGAGCGGCAACCAGCCGUCGGCGAACCUGGCCGUGUGCGAGCCGCGCCACCGCAAGGUGAGCAUCGCGUCGGAGCCGGCGCGGCCGCUGCGCGCCAGCACCGCGUCCGAGCCGCGAGAGCGCCGCAAGUCCAUCCUGGUCAACGCCGACGGCCACCACCACCAGGCCAACGGCCGCGCCGCCGCCGCAGCCGCCGACGCAGACGGAGAAAAGAAGUUCUACGUUCCCAGCUAUGCUGUACCCACACCUACAAAGAAAUACUCGACGACAACGUCGUGCUCCAUCCCGGAGAAGACGGAUUACUUAUUCGAGGAUCUCGAGAAGUCGUGGUGGCUGUCGCUGCUGCGCCGCUGCCACCAGCCCGAGGCGCCGCCGUCGUGGCAGCCCGGCUUCUGGCCGCGCCUCUGCCCGCCGCCGCUCUGCCCCUCCUACCGGAGGGUGGCGCGCCUGCUCGCGCUCGCCAUCAUCCUGCUGCUCUGCUGGGCCGUCGCCUUCACCGUCAUAGGCCGCGACGCCGCUCCAGGGGGCCAGCUGUUCCAGCUGGCGGUGCUGGCGCUGGCGGCGCACGUGGGCGGCUGGCUGGCGACGCUGGUGCGGCUGCCCGCGCUCGUCGGCAUGCUGCUGGUGGGCAUCGCCUGCCAGAACCUCGGCCUCUUCCACCUCGAGGACGCCUACGAGGAGGUCUGCUCCGUUCUCAGGCACGUGGCGCUGGUGAUCAUCCUGACUCGCGCGGGCCUCGACCUGGACCCUCCGUCGCUGCGGCGGCUGGCGGUGCACGUGCUCAAGCUGGGGCUGGUGCCCUGGCUGGCCGAGUGCGCCGUCGUCACCGUGGCAACGGCCCUGCUGCUGGGCCUGCCCUGGAUCUGGGCCUUCCUGCUCGGGUCUGUGGUGGCGGCCGUUUCGCCAGCGGUGGUGGUGCCCUGCCUCUUCAGGCUGCGGGUGAAGGGCUACGGGGUGGCCAAGGGCAUCCCCACGCUCAUCAUCGCCAUCUCCGGAAUAGACGACGCCGCGUCCGUGGCAGUCUUCGGGGUCGUGCUCAGCGUCAUGUUUUCGCAAGGCAGCUUGGCGUACCAAAUCGCGCAGUGCCCCGUGUCCGUCAUCGGUGGCAUCGGCUAUGGCGUCGCUUGGGGCUUCCUCGCCAAGUACAUCCCCGAGAAGGCCGACCCGUUCGUGGUGCCGCUGCGCGUGCUGAUGCUGCUGGGGGGCGGUUUGCUGGCCGUGUUCGGCAGCGAGGCCAUCGGCUUCGACGGCGCCGGGCCUCUGGGCUGCGUCGCCGCCGCCUUCGUGUCCUGCGUCUCGUGGACCAGCCAGGGCGUCGACGUCGAAGACAACCCUGUUGCCACAGCGUUUGAGAUAUUUUGGAUGAUUUUUGAACCGAUCCUAUUCGGCAUAACAGGCACACAGAUAAAGUUCAGUGAACUGGAGGGAGACGUUGUGUCACUGUGCAUUGCUUGCCUCAUAACUGCUUUCGUGUUACGUAUUUUGGUGACGAUUCUCGUGGGAUUCGGUAGCAAGCUCAAUAACAAAGAAAAGAUUUUUGUCGCUCUGGCCUGCAUGGCUAAAGCCACAGUGCAGGCGGCGCUGUGCCUGCAGCCGCUGGAGAAGGUGCAGGCGUCCGGCGGCUCCGAGGAGGAGCUGCGGUACGCGCAGCUGGUGAAGAUGACGUGCGUGCUGGCCAUCCUGCUGACGGCGCCCACCGGGGCCGUGCUCAUCCUGCUGACGGGCCCGCGGCUGCUGACGCGCCUCUCCAAGUCGCGGCCCGGCAGCUGCCGCCACAGCCACAGCGGCCGGCCCUCCCUCCGGGACAUCUCCAUCCUGGACGACGACCGCGAGCCGGACCUGGCUCCGUCCAGAGCCGUGCUGGGGCCCCACGAGAUAGCCGCUGCCUAG